AGAGCGCCACGUGGUUCUCAGCCAGGGGCGUGGUCUGCAGUCCAGUUUGUGAAAGGCCGCUUUAAAGAGCUUCAAACACAUUAAACCCGCUCGGAACCGAGCCGCUCUCACCCCCAGCCAGCUGGAUCGGACCGGUACAGCGCGCCCAGCGGCGGAGCGGCGGAGCGGGAGGAGCGCGAGGAGCGGGAGGAGUGUCCGCGCGCGGAGUGCUCAUCACAAACACACGGCAACUGUGGGACAUCAGAGCCUGCAGUCUGAGCUUCAGCCAGCAGAGGGCAGAUCAAGCAGAGAGGGAGAAGCAGUGAAUCAGCAGAGAGACUGUGGCUCCAACAGUGAGAGCGUGCGUCUCUGUAUGUUGUUGCCGCGUGCUAAAAGGUGGACGUGUCCUGGACUCUCUGUAGAUGUCGGCGGUUGAGCAGGAGGCCCUGUUGGACGACAUCACGUGUGUGGAAAUGGAGAGCAACUCCGUGGAUGAGGGGGAGAUGGUGGCGUCUACGGAAAUCUUCGGAGCCGAUCCUUUACGAACUCUGGGAGAGAUUCUAGCUUACUGUCAGGUCAUGUACGGAGCCAUUCAGAAACUGGACGAGAAGUUAGAGCUGCUGCAGGCCAGAGUGACAAACAUCCAGGCAGACCACCUGAGCCCACCAGUAAAAACUGCACCUCUUCAUUCUGAAGUUGCCGAUGUGGCCUCCAGUUUUCUGAACCUGCAGCGGCGCCUCAGCUCUCCUCCUCCGUCUCCUCCUGUGGAGGACAUGAAGCCGGCCGUCUUCAUUCAAACCCCAGAGAUCCAGACGUUCUUCCAGCCAGCCUCCACCUCCGCAGUGUCCUCCCUCUCUGCUCACGCGCCGCCUCACACCAUGAAGAAAAUGAUGCUCAAAAACCAGCUGAAAAAACCACAGCACCCCUACAGCCACACCAUCAGCCCAGCAGAGCACACAGGCGGCGAGAGGUUCAUCCUCCCCAUCCCGUUCCUGAGGAAGGCCAGCACCAUGCCCAAACCCACGUCCGCCGCCCGCUUCCUCCUGCGCAGCAUCUUCUCCCACCAGGAGCUCGUGCAGGGCAGCACCAAAGGGGACCCGGCCAAAGGCCUGAACAUGCUCGACCCGAACAAGAUCAGCGCCAUACAAGAGUGGCUGCAGAAGAGGUACCCCAAACACGACCUGGGCGACAAGGGCAAAGACUGGAGGGCCUGUCUGACCGUCAUGAACAAAGGAGCCAGGUACAUCCGGCAGAUGGACAAGAAACGCAACGUGAGGAACGUCCAGGGUGUGAACGCUGGCUCAAGACUCGCUCUGGGUUCAUCUUCACUUGAUUUCAAAAUUUCAACACUGACGAGUCCAAACGCAGACGAACAGCCCAGAUCUGCUUCCCCGGUUUCCCACAUGGAGCCGCAGCCGACGGCGGAGAUCGACGUGGAGCUUUCAGACAGCGACCACGACGACCUGCGGGGGCAGAACCUGCUGACCAGCACAUUCAGAGCCGAGUCUGAUCCAGAGAGAAGCACUGACAACGAAGAGUUGUCUGACCAAGAGGACCACGUGUACCUGGGUUGUCCAGACCGAGGCGUGAAGGUGCCCCAGUACGCCAUGUACACAGCCUGGCAGCGGCCCAACGCUCCCCUCGUCGCUCGCUACCUCGUCAAGUUCAUCUUCCCAGAGGACGUGCUCGUGCGGAGCAACGUGUACGGGAACGCCGAGUACGGCAUGGAGCCGCUGGACCACAACAAGAUCACAGCGCUGAGGGAGUAUCUCUGCGAGCGCUUUCCUCAGAUGAAGCUGGAGGAGGACGGUCACGACUGGAAGGCGUGUGUGGACGCCAUCAACAGCUGCAUCCGAAAGACCAGACACAAGUGCAAGAAGCUUAGCCGCUGACCGGCAACACUGUGGAGACGAGAUGCAAGCAAGUGCUCCAGAACCUUCACCGACCAGUAGCUUGGUUCGAGAGUGACGCCUCACUUUCGAGUGCAGGGAAGGUGAAACCGCUUCACGGCCUCGAGGAUCAUUUCCGUAUAACGAGCUGCGACGCUGCUGCAGAAAGACCGAGGUCAUGUUCACUGUCUAGACCAACUUUCCUAUGCAUUUCAAUUUCAUUUAAUGCUUAAAGAAAUAGAUACAGAACUGAGCAAAAGCAUUUAUUUUUCCUUUAUUUGCAAAUAGAAACACUAGCACAUUCCGUGAGUACACUUUUGAUUCUGAAUUAAAAAUAUGUAAAAAGGAAAGCGCCUCAGUUUUUCUUGAAUUCAUACAGUCUGAAGAUUAAGCACCUUUAGGAUCUGAAAAACAGAAAGAAAAACAAACGAAG